UUUUUUUUUUUUUCACUCUUUUUAUGAUUCUUCUAGAUCAUUUACCGGUAGAAAUAUUAUCUUUAGUUGUAGAUAAUAUCAAUCAUAAUGAUCUUUAUCAUUGUGCUCUUGUCAACAAGCGUUUCUAUACAGCAACUAUUCCAGUUUUAUGGCGUUCUCCAAAAGUAGAUGACGACCCUUCUGCAGUUCGUCUUACAAAAAGUCUUUCUCUAGCACGUUAUUCUCUUGGUCAUUAUAUUCGAAAACUCCAGUUUGAAGAAGCUAUUAUGGACGAUACUCUCAUCUAUUUUAUUGAUCGUAGUAUUUUUUUGGAAGAAUUGAUUAUUAUGCACGCCGAACACAUUACCGAUAAAAGUAUACAACAUCUAUCACAACAAUGUCCACAAUUAAAAAAACUUCACCUUGGUAACGCCAAUAUCACUCAUCGUUCUAUGCAUUAUCUUGGUCAACGUUGUUGUCGUCUACGUGAACUUGCUUUAAAGGCAUGUCAUCGUCUUUUACCAAUUACUUUAUUACCUUUUGCCGAUUGUCCUUUGGAAUACUUGGAUCUCAGUGAAUGUAGAUGGCUUACUGUGGAAGAUACAGCAUUAGAUAUCUUACAACUUAAUCGACUGACUCAUUUGGAACUUGUAUGUUGUCGUACAGUAAAUGCCAAAUUUAUUCAACAACUUUACAACAACAAUACUAUUGCACUUCCUCAUUUGACUUAUUUUGCAAUCACUGGUAACCCUGAUAUCAACGAUCAUAUCAUUAUACCCUUUAUCAAGACACAUCCUCACUUGACCAGUCUUCAUAUAUUGAAAUGCAAUCUUACGGAUAUCGGUUUGGACGCCAUUGCUACUUAUUUACCUUGUAUCCAUGUACUCAAUCUCCUUUGUUGUGAAAAUAUAUCAUCUCAAGCUGUACGGCGAUUUAUUCGGAACUGUCCUCAAUUGGUUAUGAUUGGUUUGGAGAAUUGUUUGCUACCAUUAUAUACUUUUCCAGAAGUACAAGAAAAGGAUGGUGAAUAUGCAGAAAUAUUAGGUUAUACGGAUAUCACGGCUAUACGGCUCAGUAACGACAAUAACUCGAUCGAUCAACCUAUCCAGAUGCAAGAAGAUGAUACAAUCAAUGAUAUGGAUGGAGUUAACAACAAUAUCGAUAUACCACGACAUGAAGUAUUGGAUAUCAAUGAUAAUGAUGAUAUGGAAGAAGUCCGUGCUAUAGUUUUAUCCUUAUCAGAAAGUCAACAAUACUCUAUAUAGUUGUAUAUAUUAGUUUAUAUUAUAUCUUUUUUUUUCACAUGAUAUAUCUCAAAUAAAAAUAUAUUUUUUGAAUAA